GCCGAUGAGGAAGAGCCUGCAAGUCCGAGUCAUUUGAUUGGUCGGGGGAAUAGAUUGGUGGACACAGGGUACAAAUAGAAGCCCCUCCACCACUGCUCUCAUCCCACUGUCUCCUGCUCCCGUGACACAGAGAUCUUGAUACUCACAGAUCUUCCAGUUUCUCACCAUGAGUAACAAGGUUGUUUUUAAGAAGAUAGCCAAAGACAAGUCGGUUGGAGUAUACAUGGCAAAGAGGGACUUUGUGGAUCAUGUGGACUUUGUGGACCCUGUGGAUGGUGUCAUACUGGUUGAUCCUGAGAUCCUCAAAAGGGAUAAAGCGUUUGUCCAGCUGUCCUGCACCUUCCGGUAUGGCCGUGAUGACAUGGAUGUGAUGGGAAUUGCCUUUCGUAGGGAGAUCUUCAUGGUUACCCGUCAGGUGUAUCCGCCCAUCCAGGACAAGGAGAAGUCCACGCACAGCAAGAUGCAGAGUAAACUGCUACACAAACUGGGAAACAAUGCUUAUCCGUUCUUUUUUGAGUUCCCUGAUAACCUGCCUUGUUCAGUGGCUCUGCAGCCGGGUCCUAAGGACACUGGGAAGCACUGCGCCGUGGAGUUUGAGGUAAAAGCCUUCAGUGCGGAGAGCCGGGAUGCCAAAGUUCGCAAACGGAGUUCAGUUCGUCUGAUGAUCCGAAAGGUCCAGUAUGCCCCUGAGAAGAGCGGGGUGCCCCCUUGUGUGGAGAUCUCCCGGGACUUUGUCAUGUCUGAACAGCCACUGCAUCUGGAGGCCAGUCUGGACAAGGAGACCUACUACCAUGGAGAGCCCAUCAACGUGCGUGUCAAUAUCACAAACAAUUCCAACAAGAAUAUAAAGGACGUCAUUGUCUCCGUGGACCAGGUGGCCAAUGUGGUGUUGUAUUCCAAUGACAGCUAUGUGAGGGCAGUGGCCUUAGAGGAAUCUGGGGACGCUGUGGUGGCCGGUGCCAGCCUGAAGAAAGUGUACACCCUCACUCCCCUGUUGAUCUGCAACAAGGAGAGGCGGGGCAUAGCGCUGGAUGGCAAGUUGAAGCACCAAGACACCAACCUGGCGUCGUCCAGCAUUGUUAAAGAAGGGGUACUGAAGGAGAUCCUAGGAAUUCUGGUGUCAUACAGAGUAAUGGUGAAGCUCAUUGUUGGCGGAAUGAUGGGAUCAAGUGAGGUGGGAGUGGAGCUGCCGAUCUUACUGAUGCACCCAAAACCUGACCUAGUGAGAGAGAGUGAACUGGAGGAGGAGAUGGUGUUCGAGGAUUUCAAGCGCUCCUACCUGAAGGGGGCGGCCGACGAUGAAGAGGAGGGAAACGUGUCUGCAGAUGACGCUACUUCCUGAGCAGGGACUCACGACGACUGCCAGGCUGCCUCGAUCACAGAACCCCCUGUGGCCACUUCCAGUACUUCAUUCAAUGGGAACCAAAAACCGCUGUGGUACUGAGUAAAAUGUGUAAUGACAGCAGUCUAAACAAUUGUGGUUAGGUGCUUGAGUCACCCUAAGGGGUAGAUCAAUAUUAGUUAUUAUUAUUCAUAUUUGUUUUUUGUUUAUAAACAAAGUUUAGGGGUUCAGUAGUUUUGCCUCACCAACAGAAGGCUCUUUCAGCAUGAUUAUCUAGAUGAUUUCACUCAGUGGACUAUGGUAACAUCCCUCCCUGUCUCCAGUAAAGAGUGUGGCAGCCAUGUUGUUAAAUGAAUUUCAGGCAUGUAAAAGCUGCUCUGUUACAGUGAAAGUUAUUGUUGUCAUUUAGUAGAUAAACAUGUGUAGUGAACUAGAUUCCUGGGCCUGCAGACAAGACCAGAUAUCCUGUACUUGUAAGUUUAUGGUAAUAAAAGCUACAGAUGAUCUUACAAAGGC